AUGAGAGCUUUCAGAUACACAUGGAUCCCGUGGAUUCGGGCUGUUUUGUGCAGCCAGGAAGGAUCUGAUGUACAAGAGACACUUACCCUACUUGCAGGUAUAGAAUCUCUACCGGACGAGCUUAAUCCAGACAGAUUUAACGGAAUGAGCGCUGAGGAACUUUUGGAGUUUAUAAGGCAGCAGGCAGGUAAUAUACGGGAUGCAGCUGAUAGAGCUGUAAAUGGAAAAAUUGCAAAAGAUCCUGGUAAUAUUCCAGAAGAGGAAGGCAUUCAUGGAAAUAGCUCCAGUGAAGAUGAUCUAAGUUGUUCAUGGGCUACAGAUUCACUUGAUCCGUUUUGUCCCGAUCCCUACCAGAAAACAUUAUCUGAACUUGCAAAAGCACUUUGUUAUAUCGCAGAUGAUCUAGUAAAUGGACGUGUCCUGGUACACGAAUAUAACCAAAAGAUCCAGAUUUUUAUGAACAUUAUUCUUGAGAAAACUAUCGAAAAAAGCGGAACAGAAGAUAGUCCAAAUGUAAAGGAUAUAAGAAAUUCACAAGUCUCAAUAAUUCAGGCCAUGAGCAUAUUGGAAGUACUGUCUAGUACAGUAUACUAA